AUGGCCGCCCCGGCCAACGCACAGACGGCCAGUAAGACCUGGGAGCUGAGCCUGUACGAGCUUCACCGGACCCCCCAGGAGGCCGUGAUGGACGGGACGGAGAUCGCCGUCUCCCCCCGCAGCCUGCACAGCGAACUGAUGUGCCCCAUCUGCCUGGACAUGCUCAAGCACACCAUGACCACCAAGGAGUGCCUGCACCGCUUCUGCUCCGACUGCAUCGUCACGGCCCUGCGCAGCGGGAACAAGGAGUGCCCGACCUGCCGGAAGAAGCUGGUGUCCAAGCGGUCGCUCCGGCCGGACCCCAACUUCGACGCCCUCAUCUCCAAGAUCUACCCCAGCCGGGACGAGUACGAGGCCCACCAGGACCGA